GUGCGUUAGGGCCAAUCGCCUCCCACUGCUCCGGAAGGGGAAGUGAGGCGGCGCCGGAAGAUGGCGGCCUGGGGACGGCUGUUUCUGUCUGUUCCACAAACGAGCCUGGCUGCUGUCAGAUGUGCUUCUAAGAAAUCCGGGGGCAGCUCAAAAAAUUUGGGUGGCCGCAGCCCCGGGAAGCGCUACGGAGCGAAAAAGGUAGAAGGUACGUUUGUGCAUGCAGGCAACAUUCUGGCUACUCAGCGAUUGAUCCGCUGGCAUCCAGGGGCUCACGUGGGGAUGGGCCGGAACAAGACACUCUACGCCCUGGAGGAUGGGAUUGUGAGAUACACUAAAGAGGUUUACGUACCCCCACCCCGCAGCAGCGAGAGCAGGGAGGUGAUCUGCUCUCUGCCCAAAGGCGCAAUUCUUUAUAAAACCUUCAUCAGUGUUAUCCCUACCACAGAAGUAGGAAGCUUUAAGUUGGUCACCAUGCUCUGAGUCUCCCGUGUGACACAGGAAUGGAUGAGAGGAAGCAGCUGGGACAGACCGCGAUUGCUGGACUGCCGUCUGAGGAGGACAAGAAAAUUUCUGAUAAGAAAUUAACCGUGUUUUGUUCUCUUGCUCCCAAAGCACAUGCAGUAGGUGUUUAGGCAUUGGAAUCAUCUGCUGGCCACUGUAAGAGUGUUCAAUAAAUGCACUGGAGUUCUUGACUGUUCA